GCGCGCGCAGCCGCAGUCGGCGGCCCGAUGGAGCCCGAGCCCGCGGCAGUGGAGGUCCCCGCCGGACGCGUGCUCAGCGCCCAGGAGCUCCUCGCCGCCCGCUCGCGGCCCCAGAAGCUGCCCCAGCGCUCGCAUGGCCCCAAGGACUUCCUCCCCGACGGCUCGGCCGCGCAGGCCGAGCGGCUGCACCGGUGCCGCCAGGAGCUCUGGCAGCUGCUGGCCGAGGAGCGCGUGGAGCGCCUGGGCAGCCUGGUGGCGGCCGAGUGGAGGCCGGAGCGCGGCGUGGUGGAGCUGAAGACCCCCGCGGGCAAGUUCUGGCAGACCAUGGGCUUCUCCGAGCAGGGCCGGCAGCGGCUGCACCCCGAGGAGGCCCUGUACUUGCUGGAGUGUGGCUCCAUCCAGCUCUUCCACCAAGAGCUGCCGCUGUCCGUCCAGGAGGCUUACCAGCUGCUGCUGGCCGGCGACUCGGUGACUUUCCUGCAGUACCAGGUUUUCAGCCACCUGAAGAGACUGGGCUACGUGGUUCGCCGAUUCUGCCCAAGUGCCAUCCUGUCCCCUUACGAGCGGCAGCUGAACCUUGACGGCAGCGCCCAGUACUCGGAGGAUCGGAGCGGCAGGAGGAAGAGGAGGAGCUCCAGCUCUCGGUCUGUUCCCAAGAAGCUCAAGGCCCUGGAGCGCCCCCUGCAGGGGUCGUCUGGGACACCUGCCAACCUGGCCGCUGCCAGCCCAGCUCCCUGUAGCCUGGACAGCCCAGAGGACAAGCCCCAGGAGCUGAGCCCUGUGGCCGGCCCCUCACAGCUUCCAGGCUCCCAGGACCCCUGGGCCGGCCGGGUAGAGAACGGGGUCCAGGGGGCGUGUAAGCCUCGCUGGAACUUUGAGCAGAUCGCCUUCCCCAACAUGGCCCCCGACAGCCGCCAUACGCGCCUGCCGGCCCCGGCCCCAGAGCUGCUCCCAGCCCACGUGGAGGCCCGUGCCACUGACGCCGAGGCCUGGUGCCACCAGCUCAACCAGCGGAAAGACAAGCCGUCUGAGCAGUCACGGGAGCCCAUGGCCGAGGCCCGGCCCUGGUGGCGGGAGCUGAACGCUGACCCCGAGGUGCAGGGCUGCUCGGGCUGGCGGGAGUACAAGGAAUUGCUGCGGCGGCGGCUCCUGCAGGAGCCCCCCAGCCGCCCCUUGCACCUGUGGCACCAGCCUGUCACACCCCUGCUGAGCCCAAACCAGGCUGAUUCUCCAGCCACCAUCCUUCAGCAGGUCACCAUACUGCAGACGACACACCUUGCCCACGAUGGUGCCCGGCUGCUGACGGAGUCAGGGGGCCUGGAGAUCAGUUUUGAUGUGUACCAAGCUGAUGCCGUGGCCACGUUCCGGAAGAAUAACCCUGGCAAGCCCUAUGCCCGGAUGUGCGUUAGUGGAUUUGAUGAGCCGGUCCCAGACCUCCGCACCCUCAAGCGAUUAUCCUACCAGAGCGGGGACGUCCCUCUGAUCUUUGCCCUGGUGGAUCACGGCGACAUCUCCUUCUACAGCUUCAGGGACUUCACUCUGCCCAGGGACCUGGACCAGUGACCACACACACUGGGGACCUGGACGCUCUACUCAGGACCAUCUCAGCCUCAGCCGCCUGCUGCACCCGGACUGGGGCCCGCCAGCUGCUUCCUUAGAGCAGUCUAGGCCGGUGGGGGCUGACGGUGGGAGUGCCUCACCUUCCCCUCGGCCGGCCGCC